AUGUUAGAAGCCUCCAAAAAGAUUGCGGAGCAUGUCAAGGACGCUGAAUCUGCCUCAAUACUUCUCACCAAUGGAAGGUAUCUCAAUAUAUUACGAUAUGGAAAAAAGAUUGCUGUUACCUGUGUGAGCAGAGAACCUUCAGAGGAAGAAAUGGAAAAGGAUAGUCAAGUGUACAGUGUUGGAGUGAGCAAAUCCUUUGUGGAUAGUGCUGCUGAACCGCUUCAAGAGAAGAGAAUGGCAGUCUCAAUGAACGAUUUGGAAAAGCAUGAGAAACAUGAAUCUAUUCCAGAAAAACUCAGAAAACGAUUCUCUCUAUUUAAAAAGUCUAAUCCAGAAGGCCAUACCAAACAUGCCAUCUCGAACCAUGACCCAUCUCUCACCAAUCAACUUUAUUCCUUUGAUGCUAGCAAAAUGCAUGACUAUCAUUUCGACAACACUCAUACUCACGAUAGUACAAGUUCAAGCUUACACACUAGCAGCGGUGACAGUACCGAGACAGACCAUGACGAAGAGAUGUAUGAAGAAGAUGAGGAAAUUGCUGAAGCAUUUAUGGAAAUGGUGAAUGAAUCUGUGGCUGCAAAACAAAGCAUUACUCCCAUCACUACUGAUGAGAAGGCAGAACAACCCCUUCCAUCCACGUCCACAGAAAACAUGAAAGAUGUUGAAUGCUCAACAACAACAACCAAUGAAUCACCAUCGAAAAAGAAAAAACAAGACAAGUCUCAUCACUCGAAGACAUUCUUUAUUUCAGCAGAGAAGCGAAAAACCUUUUUGCAAGACAAGUUUAAGGAUUGUGAAUUUCUCUUCCAUGACAUCAUGGAACUCGUUUUCGACAGCCGAAUAAUCUAUUACGAUGAUUUAGCUCAAAUACGAAAUCUUAAUAGUUGGCAUAAGGGUCGAUGUGUUCUCGUUGGAGAUGCCUGUCAAGCAUUAACACCAUUGAGCGGUAAAGGAGGUGCUCUUGCAAUUAUUGCUGCCAAAAAGUUGGGUCAAGAAUUGAGAACAGCUCUCGAACUUCAUGCAUCCAAAGAAGGUGAAGAGAAUUUACACACCAUUCCAUUGGAAAAGAGCGUCUUCUUUAGUAGCUGUUUGGAAAGCGCAUUCAAUAAUUAUCAAUCAGCCAUGCAAGAAAGAAUCAAACAUGUUCAAAAGAAAACAGUUUGGGAAGGCGUUGAUGUGUUUUUAGCAAAAUCUGGUGUGAAACGAAUGGUUCGAGAUGGUGCCUUGAGAUUUUUGCCAAAGAGUGUCUUGCUGAAAAUGACAAAGAAAGAAGAGGAGUCAAAGGUGAUUUAA